UAAAUCUAUAUGGCUAUAAAAUUAUAUGAAGAUAUCUCAGUAUUAAUUAACUAAUGUAAUAAAGAAAAAUCCUGAAUUAUUUUCUUCUGCUUGAUCGAUGGGGCGUGCAAAGCUAAGGAUGGAACUCAUAACGAAAGAGAGAGCCAGAAACACGGCUUAUCAGGCAAGAAAACUCGGGAUCAUAAAGAAAGCAUCCGAAUUCAGUAUCCUUUGUGAUGUUGAUACCAUCAUUAUCAUGUUCCCUCCUGAUUCUAACAAGCCUGAUAUUUGGCCUGAUAACCAUAAUAAAAUCAAGAAAACCAUUGCCUCUUACAAGUCAAAAAAGGGCGAAACAGGGAGAAGAACUUACGAUCUUCAUGACUUUUUUGAAGAUCAUAAGAGAAAGAUUGAAGACGAACUUGUGAAGGCCAGGAAAAAAAACAUGGAAGCCAAAUACCCGAUGUGGUUUGAUAAGUUAGAUGGUUUAAACACAAGUGAACUGGCACAAUUUGCCAUAUGGUUGCAAAAUAAAGAGGAUAUAGUGAUAGCUCGUCUUGAUCUCUUGAAACGAAACAUGAGCAUUAAUCAACAGCCCUUUAUGUUUGACAAUAUGCAGCAUAUGUUUCAUUAUGCAGGUUUUGGUUCAGGUUCACAGCCUGCAGGUCUUGAUCAUGGUCAAGUGGUUAACCAGUACACUACACAUGAUAAUGGCUGGCUCCAGGAUGCAGCAGCAACACCGUAUCUACCGUUAGGGAGUGAACUAACAGGGCAGAGUUCUCUGGAGUAUGAAGGUGGUGUGGUUAAUGGCCAUAACUUGAACCAGUGGGCAUCUCCACAGCUAGAGGUGCAAGGCGGUCGGAUGCCAGACUUUGCAAUGCAAGAAUUGAACAAGUGGGCAUCUCCACAGCCAGUGGUGCAUGACAGUAUGGUGCUGGACCUUGUGAGGCAAAAUUUUCAAUCGCAGGUUAACAAUGGUGGUGGGCAAUUUUCCACAAUGAAUGAUCAUCAAGGAAGGUUUCAGGAUUAAUAGUAGUUUGUGGCUGAUUUAAUCUUUAAGACUUUUUUGGA